AACAUAAUUUUUUUUUUAAAUCUUGAAACCAAAAAAAGAAAACAUAUAUGUUUCCUUAAAAACACAUUCCUAAAUCCUGGAUUCUACUUCUGGGUCUCACGGUCUUACCAUACCAUACCACUCCUCUUCUUCCAGACAGGGUUAGGGUUUGUGAUUAGAAAAUACCAGAAAAGGCAAAGACAGCAAAAUAAAAAGGAAAUAAUAAACUAAAAGAAAGAUGCAGCAGCCAGCGGCGAUGAUCCCUGUGAUGCCUUCAUUUCCACCCACUAACAUCACUACUGAGCAGAUUCAGAAGUACCUUGAUGAAAACAAAAAGUUGAUUUUAGCAAUAUUGGACAAUCAGAAUCUUGGAAAACUUGCUGAGUGUGCUCAGUACCAGGCUCAGCUUCAAAAGAAUCUGAUGUAUUUAGCUGCAAUUGCUGAUGCCCAACCACAGGCACCAGCAAUGCCUCCCCAGAUGGCACCACACCCUGCGAUGCAACAGGGAGGAUAUUUCACGCAACAUCCUCAGGCUGCUGCGAUGAUGCAGCAAUCAGGGAUUUUUCCUCCAAAGAUGCCAAUGCAGUUCAAUAAUCCACACCAGAUGCAGGAUCAGCAACAGCAACAACAACACCAACAUCAACAGCAGCAGUUACAUCAGCAGCACCAAGCAGCAAUCCAUGCACAAAUGGCAAUGCGACCGGCUGGGACCAACAAUGGCAUGCACCCCAUGCAUCACGUUGAGGCUGCAGUUGGUGCCGGCGGCAGUCUUGGGCCUAAUUCAGCUGCUGGCCCAAAUGAAGGACGUGGUGGUGGCAAACAAGAUGGUUCUGAAGCUGGGGCAGCAGGUGGAGAUGGCCAGGGGACCUCAGCUGCUGGAGAUGGAGAGGACCCCAAGUGACAUGGCCUUGUUAGUCAUUCCAUAUGGAUGCAUGUGGAUGUUGAUAGUAGAUGGUUUUGUACUUUUAUGCUCUGGCAAUCUUGCUUAAAAUUUAGUGGUUACAGAUUAGGUAGGUAAGUCUCUGUUCUGAGUCUCUUGGCAUGCAGUGAGUUGUGUGUUGAAAUGGAACUGGUGGGUGGUGGUUAGAGGAGACUGUUUUUGGUUGUCAGUGGGAGGAGUGAAAGGUUGGAAUGGAAGCUUAUGGUAUGUUGUAAUUCAUGUAUGUCAAAUAGUAGGUUACAAAGUCAUCACACUGUUCCAAAAGUUGCUUGUCUCAGCAAUAAGUUUUGAUAAUUGAUCGUUUUAGUUUCUUAAA